UUGAUUAUUGACCAAAUAACCCGUUGGAAAAUUGUGAGCAAAUUUUCCAUAAAAAAGAAAGGAAAAUUGUUAACCUUUUAUGGCUUCACUCUGUUGUUCAUGGAAUCCAUUGCUGAUGGGAUCUUGAUUUACAACUUUCAUACCAAAAAUAAGUGUAAAUCUAAGUUUACCAACCCCUCUGGGGACAGAAAAAAAAAAAGAAAAAAGGACUGUACUUCCUAGCUUGCAGGCAACCAGACUUCAACUUUUCACUUUUCAAAUCUCCCACACGAUUCUUGAUCCAAAGCAAAAGAAAAACAGAUCCUUUCAGAAGUUUUUUUUUUUUUCUUUUCUCUCUCCCUCUCUGCUCACCGCUCACGUCACUACUGUGCUAUUGGAGCUUGCAGUCUACUGCAAGUCAAUUGGAACUUCAAUCAUGUUAGGAAACUAAUGGAUUAGUGGCUGUUUCGUCAUUAACCAGUUUGGACACUCUUGGAGAAUAGGGCUUGUCUUUAAACAAUUUAAACUAGAACGGUUUUUAUAGUUUGGAGGAUCGGAGUCCUCAUUUAACUACAACCAUCAAUGAUAGUGAGAAAAAACAUGGGGCGCGCUUCACCACUUCUUCUGAUUACAUUAGUUCUUGGAUUUUGUUUUGCAACAUAUAAUCUUGUAACAAUGGUAAUGCACAAUAGAUCUAUAUCAAAAUGGGUAGCCGAUGACUCCAAUGAUGGGAUAUUUUUUGAUCCUGUCGUUGAGAUGCCUGAAAAUGUGAGGAAACCGAAGAAUAUCAAACUGCCUUUCCAUGUUGCCUUGACAGCUACUGAUGCUCCUUACAGCAAAUGGCAGUGUCGCAUUAUGUAUUAUUGGUAUAAGAAGCAGAAGGACUUGCCUGGGUCUGAGAUGGGAGGUUUCACACGUAUUUUACACUCUGGAAGUCCUGAUAACUUGAUGGAUGAGAUUCCUACAGUCAUAGUAGAUCCUCUUCCAGCAGGGCUUGAUCGAGGAUACAUUGUCUUAAAUAGACCAUGGGCUUUUGUGCAGUGGCUGGAAAAGGCUACAAUUGAGGAAGAAUAUAUAUUGAUGGCAGAGCCUGAUCACAUAUUUAUCACUCCCCUACCUAAUCUGGCACAUGGAGGAUACCCAGCUGCAUUCCCAUUUUUCUACAUUAAGCCAGCUCAGAAUGAAAAAUUGUUAAGGAAGUUUUACCCAGAGGAGAUGGGACCUGUGACAAAUAUUGAUCCAAUUGGCAAUUCACCUGUCAUUAUCAAGAAGGAUUUACUGGAAAAAAUUGCUCCUACUUGGAUGAAUGUUUCUUUAAAAAUGAAGGAUGACCCAGAGACUGAUAAAGCUUUUGGAUGGGUACUAGAAAUGUAUGCUUAUGCUGUUGCAUCUGCUUUGCAUGGUGUGCAACAUGUUCUUCGGAAGGACUUUAUGCUGCAGCCGCCAUGGGAUCUGGAAAUAGGGAAAAAGUUCAUAAUUCAUUACACCUAUGGAUGUGACUACAACAUGAAGGGUGAGUUAACAUAUGGUAAAAUUGGCGAGUGGCGAUUUGACAAGAGAUCAUAUCUACGUGGACCAAUAGCACGAAAUCUCUCCUUGCCUCCUCCAGGGGUCCCAGAAAGUGUGGUGACCCUUGUCAAGAUGGUGAAUGAAGCAACUGCAAACAUUCCUAAUUGGGACGCAGAAUAAACGUCCGACAUGAUACAAGGGAGGAAUCGCAUACGGAAAAUUUAUUUUGAGGUAAAGGAAGUUCUUUUAAUCUAUGUAGAAUCUGGACCUGAGAUCAAUUGUUUAAAUGCAAGCUAUAGAUAAACCAGUUAACUAUAUAUACAUAGAAGCAAAAUGUUUCAUUGAUCCAACAAUAUUUACUAUAAAUGAGUAAGAAAUAUCCGACAUCGGCUCAUUCUUAAUACAGACACUUGCCUCGAUCAACAUCAACAUUAAUCCAUUUUUUAUUCAAUCACUUAUUUUAGCAAACAUUAACAUUAAUUGACCUUUAAUACGGAUACUUGUUUUGACCAUCAUCGACACCAACCAA